AUGUUCCCACCUCCGAUCUUCACUGUCGGAAAGGAGUUCAUCACGACAUUUCUUCCCAACUACCAGAAUCCUGGUUACUGGCAUAUAAUCUUUUCUGGAAAAGACCAUAAACUCCAAGUGGUUCUGACAGCAAUGGGCUCUCCCGCCACUGUCCACAUUCAGGUGGCUUCUGUGGACUUCUCCAUGAAGCUGACCCUCUCUGCAGGUGAAAGCCGUUGGGUUUGUCUGCCCCUCAAGGCAGAGCUGCAGCGGCACUUGGUCACCGAAAAGUCAGCAGUUAGAAUUUCAUCGAGUGCUGAAAUCUCUGUGGUCUCUUUCAACCGGCGCCGCAGGACGGGAGAUGGAACGGUUGUUUCUCCAACAGCAGCACUCGGGACAGAAUACCUAGUGUUCACACCACAGGGAGGCUCACGUUACAUGGACAAGCUUCUGGCUGUUGUCAAUGGCAACAGGCCAAACCCCGUCACCAUCUUACCUAGUGCUAAUGUGAGGCUACGAGGUGGGGGGUGUUGGAAAAGUGGGAAGCCAGUGACCUUUACCCUCGCACCUUAUGCAUCCUACCUCGUACGGAGCCACAGCACUUGGACGGGCCUCAUCCGAUCCAAAUUCCCUGUGGCUGUCAUAGCGGGUCACCAGUGUCUGUCAUUGGGUUCGGGAUGUGAGCACGUCUAUGAACAGCUUCCCCCUGUGGCGAGUUUGGGUAAAGACUACAUGGUGCCCAGGACAGGAAGCUGUCGGGCCACGAACUGGGCGGUGAUAGUAGCGGCUGAAGACAACACUGAGCUGACGCUGCACAAGGGUCAUCGUUCAACGCACAAAGAGACCCUGAAGAAAGCUGGACUCGUCACCUUGCAGAAACUGAUCAACAAGCAUCCUCUAGUCAUCAAAAGCAACAAGAAAGUGAUGGUGCUCCUCCUUAGCGACAAUAAACCACAUGACCCGUUUUUAAUGUCGCUGACCCCCACCUGCAAGCUGUCCACCGACUGGUCCGUGGAGACUGUGGAUGGGCUCUCCAGCACUGUGGCCAUUCUGUCUGAGAGGGAGGGCUCGUCCAGUGUUAAAGUGUGUCUAAACGGACGGUGCCUGUCACCUCGGUGGAAUAACUUCAUUUCAGAUAAACAGUGGGUGUGGUCUAAUGUAGGAGUGGGGGCUCGGCAGAGUCAUGUGACGGUGGAAGGUGACACACAUAUGGCUGUCUACGUCUACGGUGGCAAACGUCGGUAUGCGUAUGGAACUGCUGGAGUUUGCUCUGCAGGAACCCCUCCCCCUACACCACCUAAGGAUCCCUGUGAAGAUGUCAAAUGCAGAGAAAUGGAACGCUGUGUGGAUGGAAGAUGUGUCCACAUGUCCACAGCAACCUGUCAUGCCCUUGGUGACCCGCACUACUUGACAUUUGAUGGCCGAUGUUAUGACUUCCAGGGUUCCUGCACUUACAUUAUGGCAACAGUUACUGAGAAGGUGCCUGGCCUUUCGCCUUUCACUGUGACCACCAAGAAUGACCACCGAGGUAACCGUCGAGUUUCCUUUGUGAGGACUGUGACCGUCACUGUUCACGAGCAUACAAUUAUCAUUGGCAGACACAGAAACCAAGUCCAGGUAAAUGGUGAACUGCAGUACUUACCAGUCAGCUUAUUAGAUGGGCGGAUCUCUGUGAAGCGUAGGGGGAUCUAUGCUGUCCUUACAACUGACUUUAGUCUGACUGUGAAAUAUGAUUGGAACAUGAGGCUUUACAUCACGGUGCCAUCCUCGUACCAUAAACACCUAGGAGGUCUCUGCGGAAACUACAACGGAGACAAAACAGAUGACCUGCCGGAACCAAAAGGGGCUCGCCUCUCGGCUGUGCUGAAGAUGAUCCAGCAAUGGAAAAUGAAAGAUCCUGAUCUGUUCUGUCAUGAUAAUUGUGGUGGGCGCUGCCCCACAUGUUCACCAGACAAGCAGUUAUACUUCCGCCACCCCAGAAAAUGUGGAAUCCUGACACAGGCAGAUGGACCGUUUUCAUCCUGCCACAAAGUGGUCAACCCCUCUGUGUACCUAGACAACUGUGUCUACGAUGUCUGUAUCAAUAAGGGUGCAAGACAGCUUCUCUGUGAUAACCUGAAGAGUUAUCAUGAUGCCUGCCUAUUAGAGGGACUGAAGGUCAAUCCUGAGUGGCGAAUGGUUACCAAAUGCCCUCUUUCGUGUCCAGCCGGGAGCCACUACGAGGCAUGCGGAUCAGCGUGCCCCGCUUCCUGUGGGUCCGCAGACAAUGAAAAGCAGUGUGCUGCGCCCUGUGAGGAAGGAUGCCAGUGUGAUCCAGGACUCGUGCUUGACGGAGACAGAUGUGUUCCUCAGUCUCGCUGUGGAUGCCAGCACAAGGGCAAAUAUUACCCGUCAGGUGCCACUUUCUGGGCUGACAACACUUGUAUGACCCGGUGUCAAUGCCACAACGGCAAUGUCAAGUGCAAAUCGGUUACCUGCAAGAAAAACGAGCACUGUGCCUUGAAAGGGGGCGUAAGAGACUGCUACCCAGUAUCCUACGCCACAUGCCAGGCUGCUGGAGACCCCCACUACAAAAGCUUCGACAAUCGGCGGUUUGAUUUCCAGGGCACCUGCACCUAUAUUCUAGCUCAACACACCGAAGGUUCGAACCAGGGCCUGCUCCCGUUCCAGGUGCUUGUCCAAAAUGAGAACAGAGGACGUAAUAAGAGAGUGUCGUAUACCAAGUCUGUCUCUCUUACUGCACAUGGCUACACGGUCAGCCUGAGUCGCGCCAGCCGGGGGGAAAUACUGGUUAACAGCCAGUCCAUGAAUUUACCUUUUGUCACAGAGGAUGGCAAGCUUUCUAUUUUCCGCAAAGGUUACUUUGGCAUUGUGAAAACAAAUUUUGGUUUGACUCUCAAGUUCAACUGGAACAGCCAUGUUAGCUUGACCCUUCCCAGUUCCUACUCUUCUGCAACAUCUGGAUUGUGUGGAAAUUACAAUGGGAAACCCAGUGAUGACAUGCUGCAACCUGAUGGCUCACAGGCUAAACAUGUUAAUGCAUUUGGCCACAGCUGGAAGGCAGGAGAAGAUUUCGGCUGCACUAGUGACUGUCCUGGUAAUAUAUGUGCUGAGUGUGAGCCUGCACUGCUACUGCGUUACCAGCAGGGGCACUACUGUGGUAUAAUUGCUGACAAAUCUGGACCUUUCAGCGAGUGUCACAACAAACUUGACCACUCUGGCUUCCUCAAAGACUGUUUGUUUGAUUUGUGCAUGUACCAAGGCCAUGCCUCCGCCCUGUGCAACAGCCUUUCAGUUUUCAGCACCUCUUGCCAGGAGGCAGGAGCUACAGUGGAGACUUGGAGAACAAAGGAGUUUUGUCCUCCAUUAUGUGGUACAAACAGUCACUACGAAGUGUGUGCCCCGACUUGCCAGCUGACUUGCAACGGUCUCACACCCCCUGAAGGCUGUGAUGAGAGCGCCCCCUGCACUGAGGGUUGUGUGUGUGACGAUGGAUUCAUGCUGAGCCAUGACAAGUGUGUUCCUCUAACAGAGUGUGGCUGUCAGUAUGAAGGACAGUAUUAUCAACAUGGGCAGGUUUUCUAUGUUGGAAAGUCGUGUAACACUCAGUGUGUCUGCGGGGACAAUGGACAAGUGCAAUGUAAUCCUGAAUUCCACUGCUCACAUCAUGAGAAGUGUGUUGUGACACACGGUGUGGCCUCUUGUUCUCCCAAAAGUAUCGCUUCCUGUUCUGUUUACGGAGUCAGAUCAGUUCACUCUUUUGAUGGAAAGGCAUAUCCUCUGUUGGGAAAUUGCUUGCUCAAGUUGUCAGAGGUGGAGGAGGGAGAACAAGUGGAAGCUUAUUCAGUGUUGGUUCAGCAACAGACUAGCAAAGAUGGCCAUGUCUCUCGUAGUGCGGCACUCCAAGUGUACGACAUGGAGAUCGCCUUGGAGACUGGGCUUGUUUGGGAGAUUAAGGUUGAUGGCAUCAAAGUAUUUCUACCUGCGUCAUUGGCAGAUGAAAAGGUGCAAGCGUAUCAGAAUGGCAUCAACAUCAUCAUAGAAACUGACUUUGGUCUAAAGCUGACCUACGACACUGUAGCAGGCAUCAUGUUACAAAUUCCAUCCACCUAUCAAGGCUUACCACAAGGUCUCUGUGGCAACUACAAUGACAAGUCAUCAGAUGAUCUGGCAUCGGAGGGAGGAAAACCAGUAAACAUCUCAGCUUUAGUAGUAGAAGCGGAUGAUGUCCCCUGUGAGAUGGGUUGUGGCGGUGCGUCCUGUCCCGACCCAAAUGACCAAAAGACUCCAGAAGCUGAAAAGGCUUGUGGCAUCAUUCGAGAUCAGCACGGGCCGUUUGCAGGGUGCCACGCCACAGUGUCUCCAUUGCCUAACUUUGAUGCUUGUGUCAGGGAGAUGUCCUCAGGAGAGAAAGACCAAGAGGUUCUGUGUCGUCACAUUGCGAGUUAUGCCGUUGCCUGCCAACUAGCUGACACCAAGAUUAGUAGAUGGAGGAGUGACAUCUUCUGUCCUCUGACAUGUCCAGCAGGGAGUCACUAUGAGCUGUGCUCCUCCUCCUGCUCGUCCACCUGUGCCUCUCUGGAGAGGUCAGAAACCUGCCCAGUGUGCCAAGAGGGCUGCCAGUGUGACGAUGGACUCAUGUCAGAUGGGGACCGUUGUGUGCCUGUGGAGAAAUGUGGCUGCGUAGUGGAUGGACUUUAUUAUAAGUCGGAUACCUCGGUUUUAAUGGAGGACUGUUCUGAGCACUGUGUCUGCCAGUCUGGACAGUUAAUCUGUAAACCCACAAGUUGCCAGGAGGGGGAAGAGUGCACCAACAAGGACGGAACUAUGGGAUGCUUCCCCACAGACCCCUGUGCUGAGGUUGUGUGCAGAACAAAAGAGCACUGUGAAAUAUCAGAAGGGCAAGCAGUGUGCGUGCCUGAUACCAGUGUUCUAUGCUGGGCUUUUGGUGACCCACACUACACCACAUUUGAUGGCUGGAGUUAUUCUUUCCAAGGAACCUGCAGUUAUGUUCUUGUCAAUACCACAGGUGUUGAUCCCUCCCUGCCAGAGGUAACUGUGACAACCAAAAAUGAGCUCCGUGGGAACUCUGAAGGCUCCUUUGUGCGUUCGGCUACUGUGGAGCUGUUGGGCCACUCAAUCGCCAUUCCAAAAGAUGAAAGAGGCUUUGUAUUGGUGGAUGGAAUUAAGACUGGUGUCCCAGUCUUCCUAGAAGGAGGCAGUAUUUCUAUAACAGAGUCGGGAAUAAGAGGCUUCCUCCAGAGUGAUAUUGGAAUUACUGUCACGUUUGAUUGGUCUACACUGGUCAUGGUUUCCCUCAGCAGCAGCUAUUAUGGUAAUGUGGUUGGGCUAUGUGGCAACUACAAUGGCAACAAGAACGAUGAGAUGACAAUUCCUGGAGGCCGCACAGCAGUCAAUGUGACAGACUGGGCGGGAACAUGGAGCAUUCCGGAUGGUGACCCAUUCUGUUACCAUUACUGCGAUGGAGUGUGUCCUCAAUGCUCUGAAGAGGACCGCGUAAGAUACACUGGUCCUGAAUUCUGUGGGAUACUGAGCAAUAAGAAGGGGCCUUUUUCUCGUUGCCACGGUCGUGUGCCAGUCAGGGAGGCUGUGUCAGAGUGCUUGUACGAUGUCUGUCUCAAUGCAGGACGACAUGAAGUACUGUGUGAGUCCUUGAGCAAUUACCUUGCUGAGUGCCAGGAAGCAGGAGCAACUGUGUUACCAUGGAGACCACAGGCCAACUGCACUCUUGAAUGUCCAGACAACAGUCAUUAUGAGGUGUGUGGCCCAGCCUGCCCAGCCAGCUGUGCUGCUCAGCCAGAAGUGUGCCACAAGGCGUGUGUUGAAGGCUGUUUCUGUGACCACGGAUAUGUUGUCAGCCGAAAUGGAUGUGUUGAAAAGGAGAAGGGCUGUGGCUGUAACCAUGACGGAUAUUAUUACCUGCCGGGUGAGGUGUUCUGGGCUGACUCUCAGUGUAAAAAACAAUGUCUGUGUGAUGCUGCGACACAAACGAUACAAUGUAAACCAAAGGGGUGUCGAACCGGGGAACAGUGCCAAGUUGUGGAUGGCGUCCAGGACUGUUAUUCAAUCAGCUUCAAGACUUGCUCUGCACGUGGAGAUCCUCACUUCUACACCUUUGAUGGAUUAAAGUUUGACUUCCAGGGCAAUUGUGUCUACCGACUGGCCACUGUGUGUAAAAACCCUGAAGGUCUUCAACACUUUGAGGUAAACCUGGAAAACAACAAUCGUGGAAACAGAAGAGUUUCUUAUGCCAAGGUGGUGACUGUAAAAGUCUUUGGAAAUACAUACACAUUCUCAGUGGACAACCCACAUAAAGUACUGGUGGACAAGGUGAAAAACUCUCUGCCCUUCUCCUCCAAUCAAUCACUGGUUCAGGUUUAUCGCAGGUACAGACUGGCUGUACUUGAAACUGCCUUUUUAAAGGUCUCUUUUGACUUUGUAAGUGCAGUCAGAGUCCAGUUGGCGACUAGUUAUCAUGGUACAAUGUGUGGUCUUUGUGGAAACUUUAAUGAUAAUCCUGCUGAUGACUUGAUGCUGCCCAAUGGGACGCCAGCUUCGAAUGCCAACGAGUUCGGAGUGAACCAAUGGGUGGCCAACAGGCCGGGUUGCUCUCGAGAAUGUAAGGGCUGUGCCCAGUCCCUCCCCCCUGACAUAAAACCACCAGGCUACACAUCAGUCUGUGACAUCAUCACGGCAGAGGAUGGGCCCCUGGCUGACUGUGUAAGCCGAGUGGAUUCCAAGCAGUUCCGCGAAGACUGUAUCUAUGACGUGAUGCUUAACGAUGGCAAACAGGAAGCUGCCUGUGACAUCAUCAGUGACUAUGUGGAAGAGUGUCAGGUAAAGGGAGGCUGUGUGAAGUCGUGGAGGACCAGGCGACUCUGCUGGAUGCAGUGCCCAGCCAACAGUAUGUACAGCAUCACAGCUCCUGGCUGUCCACUCAGCUGCACCUCUCUCUCAACACCUGUUGAGUGUAAAACUCCACCCAGUGAGGGUUGCAUGUGUAACCCUGGUUACUUUUUGAGCCAGGAUCGCUGCGUGCAACUGGCUGAGUGCGGGUGCCGCUUCAAAGGCAAAUACAUGGAGUCAGGUGAGGCAUUCUACCAGGACUGCCAUCUGCCGUGUGUGUGCCAUGGAGGAGUGGUGGCCUGUAAGAGGACGCCCUGCGGAAGACCUCAUAAAUGUGGAGUUAUAGAGGGAUCACUGGGCUGCUAUAACAUAAGGCAGCUAUCACUCAGCAAUCGUGGGAAAAAAUGAUUGUUUAUAUGCAAAAAAAAAUCAUCUCAUUGACCUAAAGCCAGUUGCUCCUGAUUGAUUCGAUAGUUUCCAAAGUAAUUGUAGUUACACUGUCUAAAUUUGUAAAAUCACAGUUAUUCUUAUUUGAUUGCAUGGAUAAAUAAUUCUA